GACAAGCCGGAGCGGAAGUGGUUCGAGAACCCCUUCACUUGGUGGCAAGGCACGAGCCUGGCCUGGAACACGAAGAUCCCGGUCUGGACGGGCUCGGGUGAGGCGGAGGGCUUGUCCGAGCUCUUCGUGGACAACUUGGGGUCCUUGCUGGGCACUACGGGCGCAGCAGUGGGCCACAUCGGCUAUGGCAUCGUUGGCACGAUGGCCGCCUUCACCGCUGUUGCCAUGACCGAUGGUACCACCUACGCCACAGCCGUGGCCCAGGAAUGGGAGAAGGUGUACUUCUCGCGAAACAUCCCUGGCUGUGCCUUCGCUUUGCUUUUGGGCAACCUCUACUACGCUUGGCAGUGUGGCCGCUUGGGCAACAAAGAAGAGCGAACCGACGUCACCGCCCAACCCUAUGGCAUCAACACCACGGGCGUCUACAUCACCCUCUAUGCUAUCAAUUUGGAAGCUCUGAUCUCUGCAGGUUUCCUGAACCUCCCGAGCGCUGGUGCCACGGACGCCGACAUCCGCACGGCCGCGGUCAAUGCCGCAGACCACGCCUGGAAGGUUUCUGUGGCCGCCAACUUCCUGUUGGGCAUUUUCGAAAUGCUCGGAGCUUUCUUUGGGGAGUCCAUCCGCAAGGCGGCACCUGCGGCUGCGUUCUACGCACCUAUGGUGGGUGUGGGUUUCGUGUACCUUGGCUUUGUGCCGAUGCUGAACAUUGCUGCGGAGCCCAUGGUCUGCCUGAUCCCGCUCCUUAUCGUUUUUAACGGCUUCUUCGGUGGGGUCCGGUACCACAUCUUCAGGAAGCUGACCUUCCCCAUUGGCCUGCUCGCGAUCCUGGCCGCUGCCAUUGCUGGAUGGUCCGGUGGUUGUGCCCGUGAGGCCGGCACGCUUGGCGCCACGAAAUAUGGAUACACCCUGCAGUACUUUGACUCCACAAGGGUCACUUGCACGGGCACUUCGCAGGCCGAAGCCCAGCGCGCAUGGGACACCUACGCUUUCCAGGACAACGUGCUUUCAGGUGCGAUUUUUGUAGGCCUGGGUGGGUUCUCUGAGAUUGGCAGCUUCAUCACCACGCUCUUCUUGGUGGGUGUGGUGGGCUUCGUGGGGACCAUGAGCUGCGUCGAGAGCGCCUCCGCAGCAGGCGACGACUACCCCAUGGCAGAGACAAUGAUUGUGGAUGGCUUGGGCACCUGCAUUGGCGCACUCUGUGGAUCCUUCUACUCCACCACGGUGUACAUCGGACAUCCCAUCCACAAGUCCCUCGGCGCAAGGCGUGGCUACAGCCUCUUCAACGGCAUCCUCUACUUCAUUCUUCUUCUCAGCGGCGUUUUCGCUGCGCUGUACCAGUCCCUGCCUGAAUGUGCCAGCGGCGCGAUCCUGGUCUUUGUUGGGUUGAUCUUGGGCCGCCAGGCAUUCGAAGAGACGCCACCGCGUCACUACCCCGCCCUGCUGCUCAGCCUUUUCCCCUACCUCUGCAAUUGGGCCAAGCUGGGCAACACCAACGAGGGCAUCCAGAUGAUGGGCCAGGGCGGCGGCAUGAUGUUCAGCGUGGUGCUCACUUGGCUCUUCUGUCUUUGCAUCGACCGGGACUUCAAAAAGGCUGCCGUGCUCUCCUUCGCUGCCAUCUGGCUCUCCCUCUUCGGCUUCUUUGCCAGCCACAAUGCGGCUAACGACACCGUUCCCCCGACAAAGGGCAACGAGAAGAUCGGCUUCUAUGGCAAGGAGGACCACGAGUACAACAACGGAUGGCGCUGGGCAAUCUCCUGGACUGUGGCAACCUUGUUCUUCGCUGCACAUGUUAGCAUGCAGAAGAUUGGGUUGGUUCAGGGCCCACUUGAACCCAAGUUUUCGGCAGUGGUCCCGUUUGUUGAAAAAUCGUGAGCAGAGCAACUUCUGCCUCGAUGGUGGCAACACCUUUGCCAAGGAUGCGGAGACCAAGGCUGGCGUCGACAGGCGCUUUUCCAACCGACAUGUAAUUCUUGUAAUUGCUUGCAUUGCAGGCGCAGCCUGGCACGCAGUUUGGCGUGCAACACCCCGGUGGAGCCGGAUCAUCAGAGAGCAUUUUCCAGCCCUGUAUCCACACUCUUCAGAGAGUGCUGGAACAAGGUUAUGUCUUCCCAUGCUCUCAGAAAGUUUCUGCAGGUUGCCUGCCAAGCAGGUACUUGAUAUCGUUUCAUCACAGCCAGUUCCAGAGGAAAUCCAAAGAAUCGGGGAGUCAAGCGAUGGAGC